CCAAAAUAGGGCACUAAAAAACUAAUUGAGGGCACGAAAAAGUGAGUUUUAUUGCACCAGCUUUUUUUCUCUCUAACAACUGCCCUUAAAUAGGGCACUAGAAGUGCAUACAUGUUGAAAUAUAUUGAAACAAAUAAUACCAAACCAAAUGAAUCAAAAACAAACAAAACACAAAUAGUACAAACAUCAAAUUCAUUAAUCCACAACAUCAAAUUAUUACAUAGUUUAGUAAUCCAUAACAUAAAAUUCAAUGCAAAUUGUUCAUCACAAGUGGCAACAAACACAGAGAUAAAACUAUUGGUCUUGUUGCCCACGGCAUGCUCACCACUCCUCGAUGAUAUAUUUUUGAAGAUCUUCGUGUGUAUCGGAAUCUCGAAUGUCAAGCUACACCUCAAGAAAGUGUCGGCUUCGCUCUUCCCAUUCUACAUGUCUGCAUCGGUUGUCUCAUGAGCUCAUAGAAGGCGUAAUCCAAAUAUUUGCCACACACUCAUUCUCAAUGAUCAUGUUGUGCAUGAUCAAGCCGGCUGUGAUGAUGUACCAAAGGAUAUCUUGAUACCAAAACCUAGUCGGUCCUCGCACAAUAGAAAAUUGGGCUUGCAAAAACUCAAAAGCCCUCUCCACAUCUUUCUUAGCAGCCGCUUGAGCAUUAUGGAAGUAGAGUUCUUUAUUACCUUGGGGGCUUGAAAUUGGUUUCGCAAAAGUAGCCCACUUCGGAUAUAUCCCAUCUGCAAGGUAGUAGCCCAUGUUGUAUGUGCGGCCAUUUGCUUCGAACUCCACUAGUGGUGAUUCCCCAUUGGCUAACUUUGCAAAGAGAGGUGAUGCUGGAGAAAAUUGAUGUCAUUGCAAGAUCCAGGCAUCCCAAAAUACACAUGCCAAAUCCAUGUCUCCUAAUCGACAACGGCCUCAAGAAUUAUGGUGGCAUCUUUCUUGUGUCCUUUGAACUACCAUGCCAUGCUAUAGAGAGAAGUUCUCUGACUUCCAGUGCAUGCAAUCAGUGGAUCCAAGCAAACCUGGAAACUCAAAGGCUUUGUUCAUCUCCAAAAGCAUCGACGUGCCUUCAGCAUUGGGUGCUCUCAAAUACUCUACCCUAAACACUUCAACCACCGCCUUUGCAAAUUUCUCGACAUAAAAGAUUAAAGUACUCUCUCCCAUUGGUAAGUUAUCAUCAACAAAAUCUGCUGAAACACCAUGCAGAAGUCACCUUCUGGAUGGUGUUGUGUCCAAGAUUUCCGGUGCAAUUCCUCCUCUGCUCGAAUGAUCGAUCAUGUUGCUUCACACAGUUGGCAAUGUGAAGGAACAAAUCCAGAGGCAUCGUAAAACGGUCGUGAAAGUAUAGCUCUCGAUAAACUGGAGUUGAACCAAAAUAGUUGCGCAUCAAUCUGUUGCUUAUCCCUCCGAAUCAACUAAUGCCCGAAAAUGGAACCACCAUGCUCCGGCCUCUUGUUCUUGUGCAUCAUCAAUAUCAAAACAAUGUAUUCAUUCCAUAUUCCUCUUUGGACGAGGAAUCAUCCCGCAGAGAGGGUUCAAAUGAACUCGUCUACAUACAAUAAUUUCCACUACAAUCUACUCAUUUGACCACAACAAGAAAGAGAGAAGCAAACAAAAUUUAGCUUGUAGGCAAUUCUUCGAAUACGAGUGUGAGGAGGAGGAAAUCGGAUGGUUGCAUGCUGGAGCUGAGGUGGUUGCCACGCCGGGUCGAAAUGGCCUCGUAGACGAUAGGAAGGGCGAGUUUGCGGACAAAAACAGUGACGCCGCGCUAUUGACGUCGGCCAAUGCAGCACAGCUGCCCCGCUCGGUUGCGGCGGCCGCAAGGUCAGCAUCGUCCGUUCGACGACCACUAACCCGUGUCUACGGCCAGCUGUGGGGCCGCGGCCGACCGCAUUCUGCCCGGAUCCGGCACGUCGGCAGAUCCCGGAUGGGCACGCUAGCGGGGCUGACGCGGCCGUCUGGAGCAGCAGGAUGGAGCAGGUUAGUCGCAGGCAGGCGGAACGGCAGUGGUGGCGUUGGUGGGCGAAAUCGAGCCGGCGGCUGUUGGGCAGAGGUGGGGCGCGGCGGGAUGAAUGUUUAGCGUGGCAGUUCAGUGUGUGCAGAGGACGUUUUUUGUUUUGCGGCAGCAUGCGUGUGCUGCAGAAUUACAACACUAGAGACUGUUUUUUCUUCCGGGCUGUCUCAAAAUGGUACAAAAAAGAAGAGAUAAAGACAAUUGUUGGACAGAUAUUGGCUUGUUAUUUUCUAUGUUUAUGGUUGUUUCUCGGCACCAUUGUACCGUGUCGUUGUUUUUAUGUGUGUUGUGGUGCUGUGCUGUACUGGUGAAUAUAAAGGCCUCACAAAUUUAAGCUGGGCGGUAGCCUUUUUCCAAAGAACGUUUUUUUUUGGACGGGUCGCUCUCUCCGGUCUAAACGUGUCACUGUUCAGUCAAUCUCUCCGGUCGCCUCUGCUAUUGUCCGUCCUCACGUGGCGCCACACCAAUUUCAACUAACCCCAUCCGCCCGUGGCCUUCAAGGAACUUGAGCGACAGUUCUUCAAUCCCCAUCAGAUCCGUGGCCUCCAAGGCGUUCCUGAGAGUGGAUCCUACGAAAGAGAAAGGGACUAAAGAAACAGCAAGUGUACAUUUCCGUAUGUGUGUGGCUGAGAGCAUCCCAUUUCGCUGGAGCUUAGAAUCUCUAGAGAUGUGCGCGCGCCCUUAUAAAACGCCGCUCGGUCUAAUCAAUUUGUACAGCUCACUCCAUACUCCAAAAGGAGCACAAAAACACUCGACCAGUAAGAACUAGCCAACUAGGAGUAGAAUGGUGCUCCAAGCAGCAGCAACAUCCCUGGUGGCUUCUCUGCGGUCACCAUGGAGCGUGCUCUGCGGUGCCGCCGCCCUGCUAGUCGUAUGGGCGGUCGCCCUGGCGGCCGAGAGUUACUGGCUGAGGCCCCGGCGGCUCGGCCGGGCGCUCCGGACGCAGGGUCUCGGCGGCACGGCGUACCGCUUCCCCGCCGGGGACUCAGCCGAGAACGCCCGGCAGAGCCAGGAGGCGCUGUUCAAGCCCAUGCCGCCGUCGUGCCACGACGUUGUUCCCCGCGUGAUGCCGCACCUCCACAAGACUGUCAAGGAACACGGUGAAGUGUGCAUCACCUGGGACGCCCCGGAGCCCAGGGUCGUCAUCGCAAAGCCAGAGCUGGUGACCCAGAUCCUAUCUAGCAACUCUGGCCACUUCGAGAAACUCAGGACCAAUCUUGGAGACCUGGUAUGCCGCGGGGUCGGGACCUACGACGGCGAGAAAUGGGCGAGGCAUAGGAGGAUUCUCAACCCUGCUUUCCAUCUUGAAAAGCUCAAGGCCAUGUUCCCUGCUUUCUCCACGUGCUGCACCGAGCUGGUGGACAGAUGGGAGAGUAAACUACUGGCUGCAGGUUGUGAGGGGUCGGUCGAACUCGACGUCUCCCAGGAGUUCCCGGUCCUCACCGGAGACGUGAUCACCCGCACAUCGUUCGGUAGCAGCUUCACCGAAGGAAGAAGAAUCUUCGAGCUUCAAGUAGACCAGGCAAAGAGACUUAUGAAGCUCCUCCAGUAUUUGUACAUCCCGGGCUUCUUGUCCUUUCCUACUGAAAACAACAGGAGGAUGUGGGAGAACAAGCGGGAGAUAGAAGGGCUCGUGAGAGGGGUCGUCCAGAAGAGGGAGCGCGCGAUGGACAAGGACGGGGACAUUGGCAACGACAUGCUUGGCCUGAUGCUGCAGUCCAACAGGUCAUCCAAUUCCGACUUGCGGAUGAGCACUCAGGACGUCAUCGAGGAGUGCAAGCUCUUCUACUUCGCGGGAAUGGAGUCCACGCAGCAGCUGCUCACAUGGACAGUCGUCAUGCUAGGCAUGCACCCCGAGUGGCAGGACCGGGCGAGGGAGGAGGUUCUGGGCGUCUUCGGCAGGGACGGCAAACCCGGCUUCGACGGCCUUAAUCGACUCAAAACGAUGACGAUGAUAAUGUACGAGGUGCUCAGGCUGUACACGCCGGUGGUCACCAUGAACCGGAAAAUAAACAAAGAGAUGCGGAUCGGGGGCGUCACCUACCCUGCCGGAACGGUCCUGGAGCUACCCUUCCUCAUGGUUCACCACAACCCGAACGUGUGGGGGGAGGACGUGUCCGAGUUCAAGCCGCAGAGGUUCGCGGAGGGGAUCUCCAAGGCGACCAAGAAUGGCCAGGUGGGCUUCUUCCCGUUCGGCUGGGGGCCGAGGAUCUGCAUCGGCAAUAACUUCGCCAUGCUCGAGGCCAAGAUGGCCGUGAGCAUGAUCCUUCAGCGUUUCGAGUUCCGGCUCUCGCCUUCUUACGCCCAUGCGCCCUGCACCGUGAUAACGCUGCAUCCUCAGCAUGGCGCGCAAAUCAUACUCAAGAGCCUCUGAUUUAGCCAGUCCGGCCGGCAUCUUUGUUUUGUUAGCAUGUCCUUACUUGAAAUUCCAAAUCAAAAAGAUAUGUGCCUGGCAAUCCUUACACUUCCCCUAGAAAACAUCACAUUGAACUUCACAGAAUAUGGUUGUGGGGUGAAACCUACAGCGGAGUCUCAUAGGGCAAUGCUAGGUUUGACCCACUGUAGAGUUCGUCGGUGCAUGUCACCUUUGCAUCUUCCAAUUUAAUAUGCUACGUAUUUGCUACACCAUCAAUGAAUCAACCAUAAGUCCUC